UGAUGACAUCAGUGCGGGGAGGAGGUUGCGCCAUUUUGAAAGUGGAAGGAGAGAGGGGAGGUAGAUUAGAGAGAGUAAGUGAGAGAGGGAAAGAGAGAGAGCGGCAGGGGCAGGCAGGAAGGCGGCCGAGUGCCUAGCUUCACGAUCCACCACCAUCCUCAUCGACAAGCAGCUUGCACACAGCAAAGACCGGCAAGAUUAGAAACCUCAGGCCCCCAGUCGAGCACCAGAGAGCCGCACACUCACCAUGGCAGCUACAGCAGUCUGAAAACGAUUACGCAGAUGGAUCAGAUGGAUGUGACGGUCCUGAGCCGUUGCGGUGACCCUCUGCCUUCCAGGAUGUGGCCUGUUCCUGGAGCCGGAGGUGGGGGGAAUGACGUGCAGUGGUGCUUCUCUCAGGUUAAAGGUGCCAUAGACGACGAUGUGGCUGAAGCUGAUAUUAUCUCCACUGUGGAGUUCAAUCACUCGGGAGAGCUUCUGGCUACGGGGGAUAAGGGUGGCCGCGUGGUCAUCUUUCAGCAGGAGCAAGAGAACAAAAACCAGCCCCAGUCAAGGGGCGAAUACAAUGUUUACAGCACGUUCCAGAGCCACGAGCCCGAGUUUGACUACUUGAAGAGCUUGGAGAUCGAGGAAAAGAUCAAUAAGAUCAGGUGGCUGCCCCAGAAGAAUGCAGCACAGUUCCUGUUGUCCACAAAUGAUAAGACUAUAAAGCUGUGGAAGAUCAGUGAACGGGACAAGAGACCAGAGGGGUAUAACCUGAAGGAGGAGGAUGGCCGAUACAGGGAUCCUGCUACGGUCACAACACUAAGGGUGCCGGUAUUUCGGCCAAUGGACCUCAUGGUUGAAGCCAGCCCUCGGCGAGUGUUUGCAAACGCGCACACCUACCACAUCAAUUCCAUUUCCGUCAACAGUGACUAUGAAACCUACCUGUCCGCCGAUGACCUCCGCAUCAACCUGUGGCACCUGGAGAUCACAGACCGCAGCUUCAACAUUGUGGACAUCAAGCCGGCCAACAUGGAGGAGUUAACGGAGGUGAUCACAGCAGCCGAGUUUCACCCAAACCAGUGCAACACCUUCGUCUACAGCAGUAGCAAGGGGACCAUCCGGCUGUGUGACAUGAGGGCGGCUGCGCUUUGUGACAGACACUCCAAAUUGUUUGAGGAGCCAGAGGAUCCCAGUAACCGGUCAUUCUUCUCCGAAAUCAUCUCCUCCAUCUCGGAUGUCAAGUUCAGCCAUAACGGGCGCUAUAUGAUGACGCGAGACUACUUGUCUGUCAAGAUCUGGGACCUUAAUAUGGAGACCCGGCCUGUGGAAACAUACCAGGUCCACGAAUACCUCAGAAGUAAGCUAUGUUCGCUGUAUGAGAACGACUGCAUCUUCGACAAGUUUGAGUGCUGCUGGAAUGGAAAUGACAGCGUGGUGAUGACUGGCUCCUACAACAACUUUUUCCGAAUGUUUGACCGUGGCCAGCGGAAGGAUGUGACGCUGGAGGCAUCGCGGGAGAGCAGUAAGCCCCGCUCGGUGCUGAAGCCACGCAAGGUGUGCGCAGGAGGCAAGCGAAAGAAGGACGAGAUCAGCGUGGACAGCCUGGACUUUAACAAGAAGAUCCUGCACACCGCCUGGCACCCCCAGGACAACAUCAUCGCCGUGGCAACCACCAACAACCUGUACAUAUUCCAAGAUAAACUGAACUAAUGACUACAAUGGCACCCCUCACCCCCACCCACCUCUCACCCUCCCCUGGACCCACAGAUCACACACAUGACAACUCUCCAGCUGCACCACUCCAUUACCCCAGUCCCCAUAUACCCCCCUCCCCCCCCAGUUCCCCUGUCCCACUGUCACCACUGCAGCCCGAAGGGAAAUAUCAGAACCAGACUUGCGUAUUCAAUUUAAACAAUCUUAAUUAAAAACUUUAAACAACCUUAGAAACAAUGAUCUGUCCAAGUGCCCAUUUUCUCUUUCUUGUGUAACUUCCAGUUCUGUGUGGAACAGGAGCGUGCCCCUACCCACAAUCCUGUGAGGCACCUCCUCAUCUCCUGUGCCAUUCAUUACUAGUAUUUUAGUACUAGUUCUUCUUGUAUGCUUGUUGUUAUUGUUGGUUUUUUUUAAAUGGGGUUAUGAUAUUUAUUUGUUUCUUCCAUUUAUUUUUGCAUCUCUGAUCGUAACACGUUGACGUCCCCCCCCAGCCCAACUCCUGUUGCCAAACGUGUGUGCCGGUUUUAUUUAACAACCCAGAAAAAAUCCUUCUGCACUUUCUUUUCUUUUGGUUUCUUUGGCAUGAAACAAAGAAGGGUAGAGAAUUGAAUUUCUAAAAAUCAAGCCACUGAGAUAAACUGGUGUUGUAAGGUCACAGGUUAUUACAUAGAGCACAUAUACAAAUAUGUAGAAAGAGCACUGCCUUAUUAAUGUGAGCAGUCUCGAGCUGAGGAUAGCAAGUGACACCACACCAAGCACAAAAUGGAGCAUGCCCAAGAACAGCAGUGUCUGGUAUAGCUGUGCUUUGUUAUGCCAAAGGCUGAUAUUUGUAUCAGUGGGCCACCUAUAUUUCAUGGGGGGAAAAAAAAGAGUGCCUGUUUUAUAUUAAAGGGACAUUACAUAUGUGUGCAAACACUUGAGAGACUGUUAAUGAACAUUGAAGGCAAUGAAGAGACAGGGUAUCUAAUCAUGCAAAUCUCACAAUUUUUUAACAAAGCUAAACUUUUGCUCAGCACCGAAAGGGGGAGUCCACAUAAUUUGUAAUAAUUGCAGAGAAGAGGGAUGUUUCAGAUUGAACAUUUCUAUUAUUUUGUUUAAAGGUGAUCAGAAUGACCAAACCACAUUCAUUGAAUCCACAAUCUAUCCCUGACCACUUAGGCUCGGCCUCAGUCUUCUCAGUCAGCUUGAUAGCAUAAACAGAUUUUACUCACUGUGGUGUUCAGGGAGUGAUUUAUUAUGCAAUGAAAAGUUACACAUUGGUAUUUGGGGGAGGCAGGAAUUUUCUUUAAAAUGGGGAAAUUACAUCAAACAAAUAAAGUUGUGGAGGCUUUUCUUCUAGAAUAAUAUUUGGAAAACGGGUUUCCCUGUAGGAAAACAAAAUCAAUCUCAAUACUGCAAGUCUUUCUGGGUUUGUCUGUAAUCACAACUUUUUAGAACACGUCCAAAGCAAAAGCCUGGAGCAGAGAGCUUUGGAAAUAACCCUUAACAGUGGGGGAGUGAGUGGUAGUUCAUGUAACCGUAAUCAUUAGUGAUAGUUUCUUUAAAACCCUUAAACAUUUUUAUCUCUUUGGAAGAGCUAGAUCAGAGCAGAUAACCGAAAAGAGAGACCAAAAUGUGUGUUUGGGAAAGAUAGGGUAAGUCCAAUUUUCUUUUUUUCUUUGACCCCAGCUGAGGAGAGGAAAUUCAUCAAGUGAGUCUUGCAUUUCUUUGGCACCCUCAGGUGUAUUUCACAGCAAAGCAUAUGCUACAUUUAUUGAGGCCAGUUUUAGAAAGUUUGCUUUCUAAAAGGAGGAAGUGAAUUUUUUUAACUCCAGAACCCGGAGGAACCCAGAUUACAUCAGGACUUUGACCCAGAAGCCUGUCACAAAUUUCAUUUGUCACUUCAUGGUGGCCUCCUGUUUCCCUGGCACUCUGGUCUACUGAGUGUAAAAGUGUGAACAUAUUUAGAAACUGAUUGUUGGCGGGGCUGAAAUUGUUUAUUUAGUCCAUGCGAAAAUCAAUUUGCUAGGCUUCCCCGACAGUUUUAUCUGCAUAUUACAUUAUGAUCAAUGUCUGUUGUGUCUCGGCUGUUGCCUGGAAAUUUUUACCAAAUUGUGUGAAUCCUUUCCCAUCUUAGGCAGAAUCUAAUUUUAGUUUUUCUUUUGUUCUCUUGAUACAAAUAGAACUGGCCUGUUCAGUGCCUGCCAAAGAGAUGUGGCCAGAUAUAGUAUAAGCAGUAUUAUAGCUUGUCCUUAUUUGAUCACCUAACUUAAACAUUCACAUGUACGAUCUUCUGUAUAUAGCCAUGGGUAAUUUCAUUUUUUGGAGUUUAGAGUUUUUUUUUUACUGUUUAAGGCAUGACAAAUGCUUCAGUGAUGGAAAAAGAAAAUUAACUGUACAUCCUGAAUACUUGAUUUUUACAUAGAACUACAUUAUGUUAUGUGUGGGUGUGUUUGUGUUUCUUUGUAAUUGUGAUAAACUUUUUCUAAAAGGGGCACUUUUUUCUUCAGAUUUGAACUAUGCUGGUGUGGUAUACACUACCACAGAUUGCACUCCAAAGUAAUAUACUACUGGCCCAAGAUAUGCUUACAGUGUCCUGUGCAUAUCCUCCUUUCUUUUCUUGCUCAUAAAGGACUUGUUUCAUCUCAAGCCAUCCUCAUUUCAUGUAGUCUGUACUUGAGUCCUUCAAUUGAUGUUUUUCUGCAGACUGCCAGCUUUUGUCAUGAACCAGUUGUAGCAGUAGUGAGUUUUGGGUUUAAAACGGUUUACAGUCAGUCAGGUGUUGGGAGUCACCUUCUCUACUGCGUAGAAAACCCCCCAAGAGCUAGGUUGCAGCAACUGAGUUGUAAUUUAUGGCUCAAUAGCAUCCCCCUCAUAUAGAAAAUCAGGUUUGCUCAGUAAGGAAGUUCAGGCUGGGCGAACAGUGCGAUAAUGGUGGACAGUUAUCAAAGUCUGUUGCAAUUAGAAUUUGAAAAGUUCAGGGCAAGAUGUACACCAUCUUUUGAUUUUUUUUUUUCUGUUGCUUUUAGGAUAAAUAGUGAAAGAGUAACUGUCAAAGCUCAUUGGUCCUGAGAACUGUUAAUGAUUGACUCUAUGUAGUAUUAUUAUUAUUGUUGUUUUUGUUGUUAUAGUAGAGCCCUAAAAACGAAUAUGAAAAGCUCAGUCACAAGCUUUGUUAUUCUGUGGUCAUCUGGAUGGAGAGGUGUCCUCCACCUUUGGAGUAUCCAAGACAGUUUCAGGUUAAGAUGGUCAAAAACUUUAGAGCACAGUUUAUUUUCUGGAAUCUGUUCCCAGACACUGUUGUUCACUGGAUCUUUGGGCCUUGAAUGAAGUGUGUGUGUGGUGGGGGGGGUAUUUUGAGGUAGGAAUGCAAAAAUAAUUCUUAGAUGUUGAGAAAAUUUGACAUCACUUACUGUAAAGGUGCGGGGGCUCUAGAAGCUUUUUUAGAGGUAGCAUUACGUAUGUGGUUUGGUUUAUAAAUCUCUUGUUUUUAAUAUUUUCAGACUCCGUGGGGGAAAGCUUAUUGGUGAGCUAUGGAAUUGAUUUUUAGAUGUCUGGUAAUAUAGGAUACUCCGUUAUUCCUCCGUUAGAGGCAAAAACAGUGGUCUACUGAACCAAAUUAACCACCAGUUCUGUCCCAAGUGAUACUGUAUGUUGAGCACUGUAGAAAAUCCAUGGUUUCAGUAUUAAAGGGUUGACAGUCUAAACUCGUGAACACUGUUAGUGGCAUAGCAGUAUAAAACUCCUGUAAUUAAAAUAAAACUUUUUCCACUCCAUUAACAGUUUUCAUCUUUAGCUUUCAAACCGCUGCAAUUUUCAGAAAAGAGUGUCAGACCUUUCAGUCAGAUUUGGUUUGGGAAGGGGGUCACUUUUUUCACCAUUUGUUGUAACUUUUCAAUCUUGGCUUUGUUUGUAAAGUUUAUACUGUGCCUCCCUGUUCCCGAAAUCAUUAAUAAAUCAAAGUAAAAGAAACAUUUGGAUGAUCUGCAAUGUACUAACUACUGUAGUUUGUGCAGGAAGGAUGCAGGAGUAUGGAUAGUUACCAUUUAUUUGGCACAUUGGAGAGACUGCAUGAAUGAAUGAAAGAAUAUUAUGCUUUACAGACUCUGCAUUAGGCCCACUUAUCACAGUCACCAAGCUAUGCACUGUCAAGCCAUCCCCAUUUCAUAUAGCAAGUCUCGCAGUAGUCCUAUAGCAUCAAGUUGAGGACUGAUGAAAUUCUCACCACGUGUGCUACAAGCUUACAGAAUCAGGACCCCAUGUACCCCAUGUACCUCAGCCAGUGGUAGAUAGUAGCCACUUGACAAAUCUGAGCCCCAGAAGUCAGAUCAAUGAUGCUUAGACACUCCUUAUUGGCACAUUCACUCUGGGAUCCUUGUAUAUUUUUCUCAGUACUGUAGUUUGAAUGGCCUUUGUGGGAAGGGGUAUGAGGAGUUGGAGGCAUUCAUUUUUUGUUCAGGUGUAGCUGAAGAUCAUCUCUUUGUGUUCAUAUGCAGUGCUACAUAUUUGAAAUUAAAUGUUAAAUCCUGAAAACCCCAGCACUUUUUCUCCAAGGCUCCUUUAAUUGCAACUACCAUAUUAUGGUAUGAAAGCCGAAAACAAAUUGUCAUAUAACAAGUCUCUAAUCUAGGGUAAGACACUUCUUUUUAGUAAUUUUAACUUAAUUGUCAGCAAUGCAAAAAAGCAACAAACCACACUUUUCAGAAGGUUGCAGGUUAUGGGUUUUUUUGCACAUCUGUUUUCAUUUUUAGCAGACCGCUCCUUUUCUGUGCCAGUGUCUGUAUUCUGUGCUGGGCCAGUUUUUUUGCUGUACCUAGCACCUUGCUACUUUGUGCCCUGUGACUGUAAGUGUGCUGGUCGGAACAGCUUGUGGUGUGAAAUUCUUUUUAGUGUGUCCAAAGAAGCCAGCGAUUGAAUAUAUGCUCAGUGCCCCUGAUUUUACACUGAGCAGGACUGUUAGGGAUUCUUUAGCCUGAUGUCAAUGUGACGUUAAAAAUACAGAAAAGCCUGCAUUUUUCUGUAUUUUAGAACCUAAAGGUUUCGUGUUGGUGGCAAUGGCUGUGUCUCGACUCUGUGCAGUUUUCUUUUCGUUUUUAUUUUAACAGUCUAGAAGUGCAACGCAUCUUCAUAUCUUAGUGAGCAGCUCCUAGGGACACAUAAGAUCAACAUUGUGGCAUGUUCUUGCAACAACAUCAUUCUUUCAAAUGGGGAAUGAAUACAAUACAUUUUACGCUGUUUACAGUUGGUUCUGUGAAGGCAUCAGCCCCUGAUCACCAGAUGUGUGCACCUCUUAGAAUGACUGCAAUGCAGUUUAGGACAGGAGUCUCAAUCUUCAGAUUUUGAGGACCAUAAUUCAAGGCUUGCUUGAUCCCUUUAAAUUAUUAGCAGGUUAUGAAGUAAGGGAAAUUGUGAAAUUAAAUAAUCCUAAUGUUGUCAUUUUUAAGGUCUGAAGGAAUUCAUGAUUUAAAGAGGUCAGGAAACCCUAUUUGGAUGUAGCCAUCAGGGUUCAGAAUUGGGCACUCCUGCGGGGCUGGGUGUGUGAGGUUUGCCAAUCUCCAGACUGUGAGAAGUGCACAGCGUGCCAGGAUAUGAUUAAAUUAGGAAAUAAACAGGAGUAAAAUCUGGGUACAAGCUGUUUGAAUCUGAUUUUUUGAUGGGAGGGGCUGCAACUUUCCUCUUUCCCCAACACCUGCCACUCCUCACCUACAAUCCAGCCCCCAUUGCCCUCACCCUCACCCUUGAAGCGAAUCACAUCUAUGUCUGAAAAACGCCGGACCUGUGGCUGGUCCACAGUCCAGUGGGGAAAAACCCUUUUCUCAAUGCUGCAUUGGAAUUAGCUGAAGCCAUGCCACUAGACAGACUCUCAAUGGUCCUGGGUCUUCUACCAUGGCCUUGGGAUAAUGAAAAACUAAACUAAAAAGUUUGACUUUUUAAUUUGCCCUUUAAUUGCAAAUUAACACAUGAUGACUGGUGUCUUUGCACUAGCUGUGGCACAAAUAAAUCAACACUCAACUACUAUGUAUAAAAUUUGACAGGUGGGCUCAUAGAUUAGAUCUAGUCUAUACAAAUAGCUGAAUGGAAUGGUCAUGUGGAUCCAGUAAACCUGGAAGAGUUGAAUGAGUGACAGGGAAACUAUCUGUGCAUUGAUUUUCCUGUGUGUCAUAAGACCAUUACAAAUGUGCUUUAAAAUGUAAAAAAAAAAAUGUUUUGUUUAUAAAAUGUGAAGGUAAAUCAUUCUAGAAGCCGCUCUGACCGGUAAAUAUUUUUUUCCCUAGAACACGGCUGUCCAAUCCUGGUCUGCAGGGUGUGUUUGUAGGUUUCCCACACUUGAACUUUGAGAUGGUGUUACAUUAUUUCAGUAAAGAUCAAAUGUAGCUGAUUUAGCUUGCUCAGAGAUAACUUGCAAUUAAACCCUGUAGACACUGGCUCUGCAAGAGCAGAGUUGGAUGGGCCUGCACUACAGGGCGUUUUAAUAAAUGCAAAUUCUUACAGUUCAUCUUCAUUUUAAAGCCCAAUCUUGCUAAUCCUGGUCCUCAUGAUCCCAGAGCCUCCUGGUUUCUGAUCUUCCCGAGUUCUUGUUUAAUUAAGAGAUUUAAUUGAACUCAUAAUUUGAUGAAACAUGCUAAAACCUUGCAGACGCAAAAGUAGUUAAACUGAAAUCUCUAGCUGUUCAGGAGCUACGUAGUUGAAAUGUUAUGUGUUGAAUUCCUAUCCGUUUAAAUAAAAGACUCAAGUCAUGAAGAACUCAGAUGUAAUGAACACCUGCCAACACUGGGCUCAGGAAGACCUGGAUUAGAAUGCCAUGAUUUAGCACAAGGGUUUCCAAUCCUGGCACUGGGAACCCACACCUGCUGGUUUUUGUUCCAACUGCGUGCCCAAAUAAAUAAUUUGAACUGUUAAUAAGCCUAAACUGUACUGAACAUUACCUAAACAAGGGAGGUUGCCUUAUAACUAUUAUGUUUCAUAAGUAACUCCAGAGAACUCCAAUCUUUAAACAGAAACAAAACUUGCAAAGGCUCUAUCCAAACCAAAGCAAUUCAGGGUUAAUUGACAUAAAGACCUCAGCUGCAGUGAGAACGAGCAGGUGUUAGAUUCUCCUAAUCCUGGUCCAGUGUACCAUAUUUUAGCACACAGUAGGUUCUCAGCCCUGGUCCAGUCCAGUUGAGUUUGUAAUCAGAAGCUAGUUAAGCACUUUAUUGAGCCCCUUGCUUAAUUUGACCUUUUCACUCUGCACAAAAUGUUUAGUUUCAGCAGUACUCUUUUUGAGUGCUGUUGCAAGGAUGUUCAGCCAAAAUCCAUUCACUCCUCAGAUUGCCUAAUGUUUUUUUCUUCUAAAGGGUCUCAAUAGUUCACCUAUUAAGAAUGUCUUGACACAGUAGGAAUACAAAUAUCAAAAUCUUCUACCUAACCUUAAGCCACUGCAGGUAUGAAACCCAGACGUUUUCACAAUUCAUACCAAUUAAUAACCCCAACCCAAGUUGAAUUUUUAUCCAAGCUCAGCUAGAAUAAAAAUUCAAAGAGACAGGAGUCCUUCAGGACCAAGGGUGAGAGCAACUGGUUUAAUGUGUCCAUCUUGUGUCAUUCUAAACCCCUCCCAGAAAUCAGGCCAAAUAGCGGUUCUAUCCCCAGCUGUGGUCUUCUAGGGUUGCAGUCCUGUGUUUCUACUGGUCUUUUUACAACUGUCACGUGCUUGUCACCUGGUUUGAAAUGUGAAAUUGUCAUCCAGUACAGUAAUUGUAACUUCUAGAAGGGUUGAGUGCUCAAGUAGAAAGAAAGCAGCCUGCAGCCCUAGAGGACCCCAGAUUCAUGGCAACCACAGGAUAACAAAACAGUUUUCUGUUUUCAUUGUUUUUCUAAAAAAUGUAUCUUUUUUUUGGUCAGAAUUGGCUCAUGAAAUCUGGGUAAUCUGUGUUCUUAAAUUCUAUAUCAGGUGUUUUAACAAUUUGACUGUAAUCUCCUAACUUGCCUGUGGCGCAAAGGAAAAGAUGAAAAAACAACACUGAACUACUGAAUAAAACAAAAAAAUGACAUACA